AUGUCGUAGGAUGAAUACGAAGAUUAUGAAGAGUAUUAUUGUGGCAAAGAAGAGCAAAUGGAAUAAGAGGAGGACAUAGAACCUGCUUUGCAAAGAGUAGAAUCAACCACUUAAACUCAAUAAUAUGUUUAGAUAGUAGAUCCCAAUACGAGAGAUGAUCCUGCGUUCGUAUUAUUAUUACAAGAGAACAAUAUCCCUUAAUUAGAAGUUUCCCUGCUUUCCGAUUUCUCUAUGUUCUUUGAAAGGUAGGCAAGAUUGUUCAAUUAUUGUGCCAACUUAUUCUAAUUGGCUUUUACAUCUUAAGAAAUCGCAAAUGAUUAUGUCAUGCAAUUAUCCAGGAUUCUGAAAUUGUUCUUCCAGAUUUAGGAGAUAGGCUCAUAUUCAUAAUUCUAAUCCUAAUUAGCUUAACAUGUUGGAUACUCUACACAUAAGAUAGGCUAUGCAAUUAACAGUGACUAACAGUUAGUUUUAUUGAUAUUGAAACUCAUCUUGAAGGACGACGAUUAACUCUAAUAGAUUCAGGCAUAUUUGCCGAGAUUUCUGAUGUUCACCAUCAAUCCCCCACAACCAUUUACAAGUGCUACAUCACCCAGAGUAUUUUAGACAUUAAUUGUAAACAGAAUAAAUGAUGAGUUGUUUGAUGCUUCAUUUGAGAAACCAAACAAAUUAGACAUUUUGGCAUUAUCAUAUUUCUCUUAACAGACACAAAAUAUUUCCAUCUACAAAGAAAUCAUCACGAUUCUGGCAUCCAUAUUUGAAAGUUUACUAGAUUAGAAACAAUCGUAGUAUUUGAAUCAUUAAUUGAUAAAUCUAUUACAUUUCUUUCUUGCCUUCACCACCAAUUAAACCAUACUCCACACCUUCUUCAAUAACCAUUUCCACAGAACUCUCUACAAUUCCAUUAGGUUCUCAUAGCCCAUAUUCGGAUCUCUGAAUCAACCCCAAUGGUCCAAAGAACCUCUAAUUAUUGAUGCUAUGGUAAAUUUAAUAGUCAGGAUUGUGAGUAUAGAUUAAGUCGAUAAGAUUCUAAUUGAAAUUCUAUAGGAUGAUUUCACAUUGCUAUUAGAGAAGUAGAAAUUCGAUUUCAUCUACAGAGUUAUCCUCCCAAUUCUUAAUAGCGAAUAAGUUAGAUUGAUCCCUGUUUGUUUUCAUCCAAGACUAAGUGUUUAGGAGAGCAAGCAACAAGUUGAAAAGUUCCUGCUUUCACAAAAGAAGUCGAUUUCAAUUUCUUAAUCACUGACGACCGAAUUACUGACCAAGAAAUAAUGCGAAAAGAUUAAUUAGCUUGUUAUAGAUCAAUUAAAAACAAAUAUUCCCUAGAUGUAAUAGGAAUUAGGAGAAUUGUAAUAGAUAUACUAAUAGUCAUUAGAAUAGAAUAUCAAUCCUUAAAUGAACAAGGGAUCAUGGGUGAAUCUGCAUCAAUUCAACCCAUACAAUCCUCAUUUAGACUCAUAGAUUUUAUUUGAUAAAUUGGAUAACAGGAAUAAUGUAUUAUUUAUUUUUGAUUUGAUGGCAGGCAAUGAAAAUGUGAGAUUGGUCUGUUUUAUUAACAAUAUCAUUUAAGAUAAGAGACAACACAAUUACAUUUAGGCUAAAUCUAAUAGUCAAUCCUUUUAUGCAUUGAUGGUUUAAGAUGACCAUUUCUGGUAUGUGAAUUCCCUAGAUAAAAAGCCUCACGUGAUAUUGGAUAUUCAAUAGAGUAUGCUAUAAAUAGGUCAUCACAAUCAGCCUAUUGCUUGCAUCAAUUUUGUAGAUUUCCAAUCGUGUAAAUUUGGAUUUCCCUUCGAGAAAAUCUAAUAAAGAAUUCUGUUGAUUGAUCAAAUCACAGCUUCCAUGAUGGAAUAGGAUUGUUACUUGAUAUAAAUUGAAAUCUGGACUUUUGAUGAAUCCAAAGAUUAGAUAGCACAAACUGGCAUCUAAGACUUACUAGACCAUAAAAGUUACACCCAAUAAUUAAACUACUAUCUCUCAUAAUUCAGGUUCUAAACAAUUCACUUCAUUCCACACAAUCUGAGUGUCCAAGAAUUAUCAACAUAGUUGAAAGAAAAGAUCAAUAUAGAAGCAUUAAAGGAGAAUGAAAUCAAUGACAUUAUAGUUAAUAAGCCCAUCUUAUAGCUUCAUUUGAAGACCUAAUCAUAAAAGCCUCUCUUGAGUUACUUUUAAACAUACAUUGGCGGAAUUGAGAAGAUUUUGGAAUAAAUCAAUAAGCAUUUGUAUGUAGUUAAAGCAGAUUAGGUCUAUAAGCAAUUGUUUAUUGAAUUGCAUUUCCUGUCUGAAAUUGAUGGAUUUUAUUACUCUAUCAUUCAAACUGAUGGGUUCUUGUAAUUUUUAUUAGCAGUGGCAUUUCUGAAUGAUAAGAAGGAGGGCAGAGAUGCAUACAAUAAAGUGAUUGAAUUGAUGUAUUAAUCAUUGGCACUCAUAUUGGAUUAAAAUCCGAAUUUGAAAGAGAAAGCAUUGUUUACAACCAAAGUCUAGAUUAGGAUUGUGAAUAGAAUUGACUCUUACUUAAAUCUAUUGAAUCGAAAUGUCCAAUCCCAAUUCUAAUUCAAACUUGAACCGAAGAAGACAGCCAAUCCAAAAUAAUAGGAAAUUCAAAAGGGAAAGCCUAAAGGAAUUGGCUAUGGCGAUAUCAGUUAUAAGAAUUAAAUAUUUGAUGCCUCUAAACUUCAAUAGGAAUAAUAAUAAUCAUAAUAAUAAUCACAAUAUGUUCCCAGGAAACAAAUUGAAAUUUAGUAAAGCUAAUAAGAGAUCAACCUAGAAGCCCUGAUGAGUUGUUUACGAAUAUUGCUUGAUUAGGAUUAUAAAGAUUCUGCAGUCAUUUAAUGUUUAUAACAAUCACACAUUCUGAAUUUUCUAAUCAAGUACUUUUAAACCAUAAAUAUAACUUAAUUAGAAGGUUCCAAAGUAUUUAAUGAAAUUCUGAAAAUAGUAGAGAAUUUGGCCAAGUGUAAGACUACUUUAAAGUUAUUUUUGAUAAACGAUAACUAGAGUCUGUUUAGGUAAUUGGAAACUUUCAAUCAAUGGGCAAUCAUGUUUAUUAAAACAUUCAACUCUAAAGUAGAAGAAUUAAACGAAUUCAUGGAAAUAUACGAUUAUGUUGAAUCUUGUUUGUAUGCCUCAAAUAUGAUUACUAUAUAAUAUUUAAGUUAAGAUUAGCAAAACCAAAACUAAGAAUAAAUCAGUAUGCAUUAAUUUUAUAGGCCAUUUAUGAAGAGAUUGGCAGUUGGUAAAUGUGAAAUCAAGAGUGAUCCAGAAUAUUUGAGUGUGAUGAAAGAGUACUAUUAAAAUACUAACAACCCAAAUUAGAUUAAAAUGUAAAAGCUGAUAUCAGAAAUUUCAGGCAUUGAAGAGAACCUCCCCAUGGAAUCAAGCAAUUCUAUAUUCUUAAGAUACGAUUAGGACAGAAUGGAUUGCAUGAGAACCAUAAUCUUUGGUUCAAGUGGUACUCCAUAUGCUCAUGGUGCAUUUCUGUAUGAUAUGUAUUUUGGGGAGGACUAUCCAUAAAGACCUCCAAAAAUGAAACUAUCUACAACUGGACAUGGGAAAGUGAGGUUUAAUCCAAAUCUCUAUAAUUGUGGAAAGGUAUGUCUGAGUCUCUUGGGAACUUGGGGGGACAGUUGGAUAGUUAACUUUUCUACGAUCUUAUAGAUUUUAAUCUCAGUGUAAUCAAUGGUUAUGUGGGAGAAUGUCAUGUUUAAUGAACCUGGUUGGGAGUCAUAAAUGGGUACUUCAAAUGGAGAAUAGGCUAAUAGAGGUUACUGCAACUUUGUUAAGGUUUAAAACAUCAAAUAUGCAAUGAUUGAAUAACUACAGAAACCUCCAAAGGGAUUUGAGGAAGUCAUUCAGAAGAGUUUCUAUUUGAGGAAGGAUUUGAUAAAGAAAGAAAUUGAAUCUUGGAUCGAAUAGGCUAAUCUACCUGCUACUUAUGGUUAUACUUAAAAUAAUUGCUCCUAUGGUUCAGCACCUGGUGUGUACAAAUAAGAAUUGAUCAAGGUUUAUGAUGAAUUGAAAGUAGAAUUAGAGAAGUUAAAAUUCAAUAUUGGCGCUGAUUUUUACACAAUAACUGAUGAGAAGAAGAAGGCAAUAACAAUUAAUUAAAAUUAAUUUGAUUAGAUGGAAUAGGACGAAAUAAAUAAUAUGUAAAUGCCUUAGGGAUUAGAUAUGAAUGAGAUUGAUAUUAGCUAUGAAGAUGCUUUGCAGCAAAGACAAUUUGACUCAAAUGAUUAGAACCUACAGAAUUUGAUGAGUAGAUAUAUAGGAGUGGUUGGAUUGGAUGCAGUUAAAAAGUAAAGUGAAUCCACUAUUUUCAUUCAUGGACUGAAUGGAUUGGGAUUAGAAAUAGCCAAGAAUAUCGUGUUGUCUGGUGUGAAGAGAUUGAUUAUAUAUGAUCCUACUUUGGUUGAAUUGUCUGAUUUAGGAACCAAUUUCUAUUUAAAUCAGGAAGAUAUUGAUCAACGCAAAGAUGCAAAAGUCUUAAAUAAGUUAAAGUACUUGAAUCCUUAUGUUAAAAUUGAUGUACUCUAAAAUAGUAUCUAAGAACUUAAUUUGGAUGAGAUUUAAGUAUUUAUAACUCAAGAUCCUAAAUUAUCAACUGAAAUAUCUAAGUAAAAUAAAGUGGCAGUCAUCUUGGCAUAGACUAGAAAUGUGUUUGCUAGGAUAGUAACAGACUUUGGGAAUGAAUUCAAUAUCAUAGAUAAAGAUGGUGAACAAUUGUCAGAAGUUCUGAUUGAAAGUAUCUAGAAUAAUGUAGUCACUUUAUUUAAGAAUCAAAAUCAUAAUUUAAAUGAAAAUGACGUUGUCUUAAUUUAAGAAGUAAAAUAAUAAGAAGGAUAACAAGAAUCAUAUAAUUAGAAAUUUUAAAUUAGAAAUGUAAAAAGAAAUUCAUUUGAGUUGGUUACUGAUAAAAUAUUUUGUAAUUACAUUAGUCAUGGAGUUGCCUAUCAAUAAAAACAAGUAGUUAAAAUAUCAUUCUAAAGGAUUCAAAAUGUAUUGAGUUCAUUCUCUUACUUCUGUGAGAAUAUGGGGAUGUUGGAUAGAAUAGGCGAGAUUAAACGAGCCUUGAUUCAUUUUUGUUUAAAUAGCACAGAUUAAUUAAAUAAUGAUUGGAAUCUGGAUAAGAUCAAACUAUUUAUUAAUGAAAUUCUGUCUUAAAAAGUGGAUGAAAGACUCAAUGAACACUUUAAUGAAGAUGUAUAUAACAAUUACAGGGAUGAAUUAAUGCCUCUCUAGAUAUUAUUAUCAAUUAAUACAUAAUUCUAGCCAUUGUGUGCAUUUAUUGGAGGUAUGGCAGCCUAAGAGGCCAUGAAAGCAAUAAAUAAGAAAUACACACCAAUUCAUUAAGCAUAUGUCUAAUCAUUUGAGGAUGUGUUGCCUUUUAAAUUAAGAGAGCUAAACAACAUUCAAUAAGAAUAUCAACAAUUUCUAUAAAAAUAUGGAAUUGGUAAAGAUACAAAUUCUAGGUACAAAGACUUGAUUAAUACUAUUGGAGGUGUAUAAAACCUGCAUUCAUCAAAUGUCUUUGUAGUAGGAGCAGGUGCAAUAGGGUGUGAAUUACUAAAAAACUAUGCUCUUUUAGGUGUAGGUAAGAAUGGUGCCAUAUAUGUGACUGAUCCAGAUAUAAUUGAGAAUUCAAAUCUUAGUAGAUAGUUCUUGUUUAGAGAAAAGCAUAUCAGAAAACCUAAAAGUUUGACAGCUGCUGCAGUUGUAAAAUCGAUGAAUCCUGAUAUCAAAAUUAUUGCUAGAUUGGAUAAGGUCUGUUAAGAGACUUAAGAUAUAUAUCAUAAUCAAUUUUAUAAAUAAAUGAAUUGCGUAACUAAUGCAUUAGAUAAUGUUCAAGCAAGAUUAUAUAUAGAUUCUAAAUGUGUUGAAAAUGAUAUUUGUUUAAUUGAGAGUGGUACAUUAGGAACAAAGGGUCAUGUAUAAACAAUCAUUCCUAAUCUAACUGAAAGUUAUGCAAGUAAAUAGGAUCCUGAAUAGAAUAAUGAUAUUCCUUACUGCACCUUGAGGAUGUUUCCAGAAAAUAAUAUCCACUGUUUAGAAUGGGCUAGAGAUAAGUUUGAAUAGUAUUUCUAUCGCAAACCGACUGCCCUAGUUUAAUUGAUGUAAGAAGCAUCUCCAUAACAAUAAACUGUAGAUUUAGCAUUAAGAAUUCUCAAAAAAUACCCUAAAUCAUUUUAGUAGUGUCUGGAAUUAGGAAGAUAGAAAUUUUAGAAAUUAUUUGUUUUUGAUAUUCAGGCCCUACUCAAUGCAUAUCCUUUAGAUUCAGUGAAUAAAGAAGGCAAGUUGUUUUGGUCACCCCCAAAAAGAGCCCCAUAAGUAAUUGAAUUUCAAGGGGCCUUUGCUUAUAAAUUUGUUGAAUACUUUGCUAUUCUCACAGCUCAAAUCUAUGGAAUACAGAUACCUUAAUAAUAUGAUUUAACUAAGAUAAAUGUGGAGGUACUUAGCAAAUAAUAAUUGAAGAAGAAUAAGAUAUAAGAUUUAGCAGAGAAGUAAUAAAAUAAUUAAAUUGAAUAAGAAGAGGAAGUCAAGAAUUACAAUCAAUUACUAGAUGAAGCAAGGAAUUUGUUGAAAUAAAUUGAGCCUAGUUUGCCAUAACCUUAGUAGUUCGAAAAAGAUGAUGAUUUGAAUCAUCAUGUGUCCUUCAUCACUUCUGCUACAAAUGGAAGAGCUCUUAAUUAUGGUAUACAAUAAGUGGACUGGAUGUGGACCAAAUUAAAAGCAGGCAGAAUUAUCCCAGCCAUGGCUACCACUACUUCCUGUAUUGCAGGAUUGUAGACGUUGGAAUUAAUUAAAAUAUUGUAGAAGGGACAUAAUUAUAGGAACACCUUCUUGAAUUUGGCUAUUCCAUUUCUCAUGCAAAGCGAACCUGGAGAAGUUGAAAAGAAAACUUUGGCGAAUGGCAUGGAGAUCACUAUAUGGUCUAAACAUUAAUUGAAGAUCUGUAAAUAUAUGGAACCUCUAUCUGGUAUUAUAAGAAAACUAGAAAAUCGAUUUAAUACCUAGAUUAUCAGCAUUUAAUAAGGAGCUAAAGUCAUAUAUCUGUCUUAGAUGCUACCUAAAGAUGAACUCGAACUGUACGAAUUGAUGAAUGCUCCGAUAUCCUCGUAUGUGUAAUUUGUUAAUCGGGAAUCUUAAAUCAAUGUGUAACUCAAAGGUUGUUCAUGGGUUGUGGUAAUUCUUACCAUGAAUUGA